CACACACGUUCGCGCGCACACAAGGAGGAGUGCGCCUGCUUCCCUCGAGGAGCAGCCAGGAGAGCCUGCAAACAUCCGCACCGCCUGCUCCGUCCUGCCUUGACGCGCGGAAACAUUUUGCGCUUCAUUCCGCAUCCAGACCGCCGGAGGGUCCACACCGCGCGCUCAGCAGUGAUCAGAGUUUGGUGAGUGAAGAUGAUUCCUGUGCUGAUCUGUGCGUUGAUCUCUCUGACCGCAGCCGACAGCGAUUUAGACACUCUGUAUCCUGAACUGGAGCACUCGAGAACCAUCUAUGUCACAGAGAACGGCCCUCGACUUUCGGUGUCGGCGGAUCAAUCGAAGGUGGUGUCGCGGCGAGGAGGAAACGCUACGUUACCAUGCAAGAUCCGAAUGGACCAACCACUGACGCCCAGCCGCAAGAUGAGGAUCAAAUGGACCAAACUCACCUCCGACUACCUGAAAGAGGUGGACGUUUUCGUCGCCAUGGACUAUCACAAGCGUAGUUACGGCAGUUUCCACGGACGCGUCCACCUGCAGGGCUCCUCCCCCAUGGACGCCUCUCUGGUCAUCACAGAGCUCACCCUGGAGGAUUAUGGGAGGUAUAAAUGUGAAGUUAUCGACGGGCUGGAGGACGGAACGGUGGUGGUGUCGCUCGACCUGGAAGGCGUCGUCUUCCCCUACUUCCCCCGCCUGGGACGCUACAACCUCAACUUCUACGACGCAGAGCGGGCGUGUCGGGAGCAGGACGCCAUCGUGGCCUCCUUCGACCAGCUGUACGAAGCGUGGCGGGGGAAGCUGGACUGGUGCAACGCCGGCUGGCUGAGCGACGGCUCGGUGCAGUAUCCCAUCAUCAACCCCAGAGAGCCCUGCGGAGGCAAGAACACGGUGCCGGGCGUCCGAAACUACGGGCUGAGAGACAAAGACAAGAACCACUACGACGUUUUCUGUUUCACCUCCCACUACAAAGGUCGGUUCUACUACCUGAUCCACCCCUCUAAGUUAACCUACGACGAGGCCGUCAGGGCAUGUCAAAAAGACGGCGCCCAGAUCGCCAAAGUCGGCCAGAUGUACGCCGCCUGGAAGCUGCUGGGCUACGACCGCUGCGACGCCGGCUGGUUGGCCGACGGCAGCGUUCGUUAUCCCAUCUCCCGCCCCCGCCGGCGCUGCAGCCCCACAGAGGCCGCCGUGAGGUUCAACGGCUUCCCUGACAAAAAGCACAAGCUGUACGGAGUGUACUGCUUCAAGGGCCACAACUGAGCUGCACGCGCACACACACACACACACACACACACACACACACACACACACACACACACACAUUCAGACACUAGUGCACACACUAGUGUAAAAAGAGACACAUUCAAACUGUGAUGCUUUAUUUCAUGGAAACCUUAAGACAUUAUUGUCAGUUGCUUUGUAUUCUGGGACCUGAUACUCUCUGAGGGUUAGUUUACACAUAUUUAAGGUUCUUAUUAUUUAAUCAAUGCC